AAGGCAUUCUGGGAAGGAGAAGCUCGUAGACCAUUUUAGCUGCAGAUGACAUCGAAUCGUCCGACGAAGAGUGUGAUCUUUCGGCGAGAAGGGGUCUGCUAGCAGUCGUUAGAGUUCUCGAUAUACGAGAAAUAUUUCAUUCCAACGUUUCGUUGAAAUAUAGUUGGCAUUCCAUUGAGAAACAAAGAUGGGUGCAGAUAAACGGGUUAGCCGUACAGAGCGCAGCGGCAGGUACGGCUCUGAGCAGUCUCGUGACGAUGAGCGCAGGGACCGUCGAGAUCGUGAUGACCGUGGGUACGACUCGCACCGCUGGAGUGACGAUCGCCGCAGUGACCGCUACGAUGGUGAACGCAGUGACCGAGCUGAUCGGUACUGGAACAGGGACAGUCCUGAGCAGCGAGGAAGGAAGCGGCGCAGCAGCGACGGCUCGGAUGACGGACACCACUCGGAUGGGGAUUACUCUGAGCAUGAUUACAGAGGAGACCCAGCUGACGAGAAGGAGAGCAAGACCAUCAUGCUCCGGGGUCUGCCUAUGAACACAUCAGAGGCAGAUAUCCGAGCAGCCAUUGAGCAGCUGGAGGGGCCAAAGCCAAUGGACGUGAGGCUGAUGAAAAAGAGAACAGGUAUAAGCCGAGGUUUCGCCUUCGUGGAGUUUUAUCACUUGCAAGAUGCUACCCGAUGGAUGGAGACCAAUCAGAAACUGCUGUCCAUUCAAGGCAAGACUGUUGCCAUGCACUACAGCAACAACCGUCACAAGUUUGAGGACUGGCUCUGCAACUCGUGUGGCCUGUACAAUUUCCGGAGGAGGCUGAAGUGCUUCAGGUGUGGCGCAGCUAAAGCGGAUUCCGAGUCCAGCAGCACAACAGGAGCCACAGACACCCAACCCAGUGGAGAUUAUUAUGGCGAUACCAUCAUCCUGAGGAACAUCGCCCCUCACUCCACUGUUGAAGCCAUCCUGACGGCACUCGCCCCCUACGCCAACCUCUCGCCCGGCAACAUCCGCCUCAUUAAGGAUAAACAGACGGGACAGAACAGAGGGUUUGCCUUCGUCCAACUUGCCUCUCCUUUGGAAGCGUCACAGCUCCUAACCAUCCUUCAGGGCUUACAGCCCCCUCUCAAGCUGGAUGGGAAGACUAUUGGUGUCGACUACGCCAAGAGUGCUCGAAAGGACCUGUUAUUGCCAGAUGGGAACCGUGUUAGUGCCUUUUCGGUUGCUAGUACAGCCAUCGCAGCUGCUCAGUGGUCCUCCAGUCAGCCUCAGCAGAGUGUGGAACCAACAUCAGAAUACAGCUACCUGCAAGAGGGAUAUAUACCCUAUUCACAGGAGUACCAGGCAUACUAUCAGCAGCAGGCUGGAGCUGUGGACCCUUCCCAGGCUAACGGCAUACUUGGAGCGGCUCCAGGCGUGAAGGUUCUUCCUGCUGCUACAGGAGUGGUGAUCUCUCAGAGUGCGCAGGUCUAUCAGCCUCAUAUCAUCGGCCAGCCAGCUGCUCAGACAUUGCAGAUUGAAAGCAAAGCCCAGCCCAUCACAGCCGCUGUUUCUGGCCCAGCAAUCUCUGCAGUCGUGACAUCGGCCGCAGCAGCCAGCACAGCAACAGCUACCUCUCAGGAAAACCAAGCCGCUGUCCCAGACACUUCAUCCUAUCAGUACGAUGAGUCUUCCGGGUAUUAUUACGACCCCAGCACUGGCCUGUACUAUGACGCAAACACACAUUAUUACUACAACUCCCAGACUCAGCAGUAUCUGUACUGGGACGGGGAGAAGCAGGCCUAUGUGCCCGCGGUGGAUGCCAACAACGCAGCUCAAAGCGCCGCUGCCUCCACUUCCACACAGAAGGAGAGCAAAGAGAAGAAAGAGAAACCUAAAAGCAAAACGGCUCAGCAGAUUGCAAAAGACAUGGAGCGCUGGGCCAAGAGUCUGAACAAACAAAAAGAAAACUUCAAAAGCAGCUUCCAGCCAAUCAGUCAGGAGGAGAGGAAGGAGGCGGCGGCAGCAGAUGCUGGUUUCACGCUCUUUGAGAAGAAGACAGGAGCACUGGAGAGGCUUGUAACAGAGGCAUCCAAAGUCACAGAAGAAGAGUGCUCCUCAUCAAAGGUGGGGCUGGUGGCAGCGUACAGCGGCGACAGUGAGCCUGAGGAGGUCACAGAGGGUGAUGAAAGGGAGGACAAGUUGACCGACUGGAAAAAGAUAGCAUGUCUUCUGUGCCGACGGCAGUUCCCCAAUAAAGAAGCUCUGAUCCGCCAUCAGCAGCUCUCAGACCUGCACAAGCAAAACUUGGAGGUUCUCAGGAGAUCCAAACUGAGUGAAGCAGAACUGGAGGAGUUGGAGAGGAAAGAGACAGAGAUGAAGUACAGAGACAGGGCUGCUGAGAGAAGAGAGAAAUACGGUAUCCCUGAACCCCCUGUGCCCAAGAAAAGGAAAUUCACCCAGCCAACACCUGUGGUAAAUUACGAACAGCCCACCAAGGACGGCCUGAACAGUGAUAAUAUCGGCAAUAAGAUGCUGCAGGCCAUGGGCUGGAAGGAAGGCAAAGGUCUGGGUCGAAACCAGCAGGGCAUCACAGCACCAAUUGAGGCUCAGUUGAGAAUGAAGGGAGCUGGUCUGGGAACUAAAGGAAGCAACUACAGCCUCUCUGCUUCAGAUACAUACAAAGAUGCCGUCCGGAAAGCCAUGUUUGCACGCUUUACAGAAAUUGAGUAAAUGAGGAUCUGUCAUGUCAGUUUGACUAAAGAUUGUGGACUGUGACUUUAAUCGUCUGCGCUGAGGCGUGUAUUUAUUUUGACUUCAGAAACUGUGUCAGUGAACAUGAGAUAUGUGACUAGAAGAAUGUGUACAUAUGUACAAAGUCCUCGAAAAAUGUGAAGAAUGUGUUUGAUUUUGAUUAUUAUUUGCUUUUUCCAAAGUAGAUCUUGAACUGUGUAAAGUUUAUUAUAUAUGAUCUCAUUUUUGUACAUAAGAAAAUAAAUGAGAUGACCUGAAAUGAA